AUGCUUGUCUCCGGAAUUGCAGAGCCGCUGACGAAUGUGUGUAUAACAAGCUGCCCAGAUAAUACAAAACUAUUUCUCCGUGAGACUGCAACAGUCUGUAUUGCUUUAUUCUUGUUCGAACAACCAUUAUGUAACACCCAACUGGAAGGAUCUGGACUGUGCAAAAGGAAUAACGGAACAUUGACUGGUCCAGCUAACAGUGAUGAAUACGAUUAUAUACAAGGCUAG